AUGCACAGCCUUCUUCCGCUCCUUCUCCUCGGCUGGUGGUGUCUCCGCCUCACCGCAACAACUAACGCCGACAACCUCAAGUUCUACAUCACCACCGAGUGCUCGAACAACAUGAACUACACGCGCGGCAGCGCGUUCCAGGCCAACCUCGACGCGAUCCUCUCCUCCCUCCCAGACGCCGCAGCCGCGUCCUCUGGGUUCGCCGAGAACACCACCGGCGCCGCCGCGCCGGACAAGGCGUACGGCCUUGCGCAGUGCCGUGGCGACGUUGGCGCGUCGGACUGCCGCUCCUGCCUCAACGACACGGCGCAUGAGAUGGCCAGCGCGUGCCCGGGCCAGAAGAACGCCAUGCUCAUCUACGAAGGCUGCAUGCUGCGCUACUCCAACGCCAGCUUCUUCGGCGACCCCUACACGUCCAACCCGAUCUUCCAGCUGGCGAACAACGAGAACGCGUGA